CAAAUGUCGAGGAGCGCAGCCAAUUCCAGACGCGACAUAGUUCUAAGCACGGAAAGACUCUCUGAUUUGCUUGUGCUUCCUUUUGGACAGGGGACGACGCCGUGGAUGCCGAAUGGCCCUGAGUCAAUGGGAAUGUCCCGUCGCGGGCAUUCACUAUCAAGGUGGGAUCGCGUGGGUACGGCUGACGUCUGCGUGAGAGUAUAAAGCAGGCUGGUAGAUGCCUGAGUUCCUUUUGCCUCUUCAAAGCCUUUUGUGUCUCACUCUCAUACCAAGAACAUACCUUUCAGCCUUCAUUGCUGACGCUUCCCUUGCUUCACUUUCUGCCAUCAUUCAUCACUUACAACUUCGUCUGUUUUCCCAAUGCUGUCCACACGUACAGCAACUCACACUUCCCUGGCGUCUAAACAGACCGGCGCUCAGAUCUUGAAGACACUCACAUCUUCAACAAGCACUGGUCUUCGGCCAACCUUCAUCGUCGUCCGCCAAUAUGGCUUGACCAAUUCCCACCGCAACUUCUCCACAACACCACAGCACAGGAUCAAAGAGUUCUUCCCCGAAGCAGAUGCUCCAAGCGUACGGAAGACUCCUGCAGCAUGGCCGCAUCCGAUCUACACCCCCGACCAAAUGGCCGCCAUUCCCAUCGCCCACCGCGAAGCGACCACCUUCAGUGACAAAUGCGCCCUCGGCCUCGCACGCUUCGCCCGCUGGGGCUUGGACACUGUCUCGGGGUACAAGCACGACAAAGCCGUUGCACUGGCUGAGAAAGAUCUCGCAGCCGCGCAGACAAAAUACGGAAUGACAGAGGAGAAAUACAUGAUCCGAAACAUAUUCCUUGAAAGCAUUGCAGGUGUGCCGGGCAUGGUGGCGGGCAUGCUAAGGCAUCUGCAUAGUAUGCGAAGGAUGAAGCGAGACAAUGGAUGGAUUGAGACGCUGCUCGAAGAGUCGUACAACGAGCGCAUGCAUCUUCUUACAUUUUUGAAGAUGGCAGAACCCGGGCCUUUUAUGCGCCUCAUGGUGCUCGGCGCCCAAGGCGUGUUCUUCAAUGCCUUCUUCGUCGCCUACCUCGUCUCGCCACGCGCGGCCCAUCGCUUCGUCGGCUACAUUGAGGAAGAAGCCGUCAUCACUUACACACGCGAAAUUGCGGAUCUCGAGGCCGGCCGCCUCCCAUUGUGGGAGAAGACAGUCGCCCCGGACAUCGCGGUCGAGUACUGGAAGAUGCCCGAGGGUCACCGCACGAUGCGAGACCUGCUUCUCUAUAUCCGCGCGGACGAGGCCAAGCAUAGGGAGGUCAAUCAUACGCUCGGAAACCUAGACCAGAAGAACGAUCCAAAUCCGUAUGCCAGUGUGUACAAGGAUGCGAGCAAGCCACAUCCAACCAAGGGAAUGGAGCAUCAUAAACCCACGGGGUGGGAGCGGAGUGACGUUUUGUAAGCUCGAACAAAGAGAGACGAGUAGGAUCAUUAGACCCAUGUUUUAAAGCGGUGGUUUUGAGCGCCGCAUUUUUCUCCUCUCUUGGAUUUAGCGCGGCGUUUGGGGGAAUUCUAUAGACGGGGCGGGACUUUUACCCCAGUGGCUAGCACGGAGGUACUCUGAAUUGCAAGCUCGAACGUUGUACAUAAACGCCUUCGCAGUGCUUAUACGCAGUCGACGCUGUCUGAUUCGUACGCUCAAGUAUUUUACAUCUUGUCCCAAGCCCUCAGGAUCCUUUGAAGUACCUCAAACACCAGUAAAACCAAUGCAAGGCUACUAGACCUCCGAAGUACUCCAGUCCGGCCUCUUUCAGACAUCUACAUUUCGCAUUUCGCAUUUCAGUUUCUUCUCGCACGGCUUUAGUCCGUCAUAGCCUCCGCCCCCCAUCUUUUGUC